AGCGUCCAGCUGCCGGACCGACCUCCAGCCUCGUAGACCGCGGGAGCGGCGCGGGGCCCCCUCCCCCCACCUCCCCAGCCCACCCUCAGAGCUUCCCGAGCCCCCUCCCCGCUCCCUGCAACUGUGCUGCACAUGGUGAUGAGCUUCCGGGUGUCUGAGCUUCAGGUGCUGCUCGGCUUUGCUGGCCGGAACAAGAGUGGACGGAAGCACGAGCUCCUGGCCAAGGCCCUGCACCUCCUCAAGUCCAGCUGUGCCCCCAGUGUCCAGAUGAAGAUCAAAGAACUAUAUCGCCGCCGCUUUCCCCGGAAGACCCUGGGGCCCUCUGAUCUCUCCCUGCUCUCUCUGCCCCCCGGCACCCCUCCUGUCGGCUCCCCUGGUCCACUAGCUCCCAUUCCCCCGGCCCUCUUGGCCCCUGGCCCCCUGCUGGGCCCCAAGCGUGAAGUGGACAUUCACCCCCCUCUGCCCCAGCCCGUGCACCCUGACGUCACCAUGAAACCAUUGCCCUUCUAUGAAGUCUAUGGGGAGCUCAUCCGGCCCACCACCCUCGCGUCCACUUCUAGCCAGCGGUUUGAAGAGGCACACUUUACCUUUGCCCUCACACCCCAACAAGUGCAGCAGAUUCUCACCUCCAGAGAGGUUCUGCCAGGAGCCAAAUGUGACUACACUAUACAGGUGCAGCUAAGGUUCUGUCUCUGUGAGACCAGCUGCCCCCAGGAAGAUUACUUCCCCCCCAACCUCUUUGUCAAGGUCAAUGGGAAACUGUGCCCCCUGCCGGGUUAUCUUCCCCCUACCAAGAAUGGGGCUGAGCCCAAGAGGCCCAGCCGCCCCAUCAACAUCACACCCCUGGCUCGACUCUCGGCCACUGUUCCCAACACCAUCGUGGUCAACUGGUCAUCUGAGUUUGGACGGAACUACUCCUUGUCUGUGUACCUGGUGAGGCAGUUGACUGCAGGGACCCUCCUACAAAAACUCAGAGCAAAGGGUAUCCGGAACCCAGACCACUCUCGGGCACUGAUCAAGGAGAAAUUGACCGCUGACCCGGACAGUGAGGUGGCCACUACAAGUCUCCGGGUGUCACUCAUGUGCCCGCUAGGGAAGAUGCGCCUGACAGUCCCUUGUCGUGCCCUCACCUGCGCCCACCUGCAGAGCUUCGAUGCUGCCCUUUAUCUACAGAUGAAUGAGAAGAAGCCAACGUGGACAUGUCCUGUGUGCGACAAGAAGGCUCCUUAUGAAUCUCUUAUCAUUGAUGGCUUAUUCAUGGAGAUACUUAAUUCCUGUUCGGAUUGUGAUGAGAUACAGUUCAUGGAAGAUGGAUCCUGGUGCCCAAUGAAACCCAAGAAGGAGGCAUCUGAGGUUUGCCCCCCGCCAGGGUAUGGGCUGGAUGGCCUCCAGUACAGCCCAGUCCAAGAGGGCAAUCCAUCAGAGAGUAAGAAGAAGGUUGAAGUUAUCGACUUGACAAUAGAGAGCUCAUCAGAUGAGGAGGACCUGCCCCCGACCAAAAAGCACUGUCCUGUCACCUCGGCUGCCAUUCCGGCUCUACCUGGAAGCAAAGGAGUCCUGACAUCUGGUCACCAGCCAUCUUCGGUGCUACGGAGCCCUGCCGUGGGUACACUGGGCGGGGACUUCCUGUCCAGUCUCCCACUACAUGAGUACCCACCUGCCUUCCCACUGGGGGCGGAUAUCCAAGGUUUAGAUUUAUUUUCUUUCCUUCAGACUGAGAGUCAGCACUAUGGUCCCUCCGUCAUCACCUCGCUAGACGAACAGGAUGCCCUUGGCCACUUCUUCCAGUACCGAGGGACCCCUUCCCACUUCCUGGGCCCACUCGCCCCCACACUGGGGAGCUCUCACCGCAGCACCACUCCAGCACCCCCUCCUGGCCGCGUCAGUAGCAUUGUGGCCCCUGGGGGGGCCUUGAGGGAGGGGCAUGCGGGACCCCUGUCCUCGGGUCCCUCUUUGACUGGAUGCCGGUCAGACAUCAUUUCCCUGGACUGAGUCCCUUGGAUUAUGGAAACUUCACUGAGCAAGUGCGCUGUGGGGUCCAGACCCCUGGCCACUCCAACCCCUCAGGGGGCUUUGGCCAAAGGCCAGAAAGACCUUCAUGGAUGCCUGUUUUGGGCCUUAUCUCUGCCUGACAAGUCCAGCACCCAAAGGGUUAAUAUUUAACCUCUUUUUAAGGACAUUUGGGUUCUAUUUUUGGAAAUGUUCUUUAGAUGGUUGGCACAUUCCUUUGGGUAUGUUAACCUAGGCAGCGGGAGGCACGUGUGUGAUGGGGUGUGAGUUGGGAGAAGGGCUGAAUCCACUAGAGCCUGGGGGUGGGGUGGAGGGCAGGGGCCUUUCUCUUGUCCUCUAGAGCUCUCUCUUCCCCAAACCUAUGGUUCUGUUCCUUCCCUACAUCCAUGGUCUCUUCAUGUCCAUUCCAUUCUCUUCGGCCAGACAGACAAGUGGAGAAGCUAAGACAGGCCGACACAUGGACAGAGAACUCUAUUUUGGGUUGCAGAUUUUUUUGUACAUAAACAAGAAAAACCAAAAUACUCCAAAGAUGACUUCCCCUGCUUCCUACUUCCCAGUGUGACUGCGGAGGAGAUAAGGCCUUAGCUCUGAUCCCCAGGGGUUUGGGAGCAGGGCCUGGCCUAUUGCCUGGGUCUCUAUUUAUAUAUUUAAGUGCACAGUGUUUCCUAUGCUGACCAGCUUGGGCCAUGAGCUGCUAAAGGCCCGUGGCCCCAGGGUUAGGUCUGGCUCAUUCUGCACCUUUUCUGGGAGGUGGGAGGACUUCAUGCUCUCCCCAUUCUCCUUUUUCAGGCUCCUCUGGGGCUUAAGACCUACGUUGUAAUUUUACUUUUUAUUCCCAAAGUUGUAGCAAAGUUCUUAUCUACAAUAAAGGUUGUGAAUGUUC